CUCCUCUCGCUACCCCCCGAGAUCCUCGAUCUCAUCGCCCUCUACACGGGCCUUGCCUCUCAGACCCCCAUAAGCUCCUCCCCUACCCCUCCUCAGGCGCUCCUUGACCUCCUCCUCGUCUGCCGCCAGAUCCACGCCCACCUAGCGCCAGCCAACAACCCGCGUCUCUACGCCCGCAUCUUCCGCUCCAAAUUCGACACGGAGGCCAUCUGCCGUCGCUUCGGGCGAAAGGCUGUGAGCUCUCGCGUCCUCUGCGACGAGCUUCAGCGUCGCUGCAUUAUCCUCAAGCGUAUUCGUCAUGCCACAGAGCUUGGUCGGCUCAGGCCCGAGGGGCCGGGAGAGGCAAGCGAUGCCGCUAUGCGAGAGAACCUCUGGUUGGCCUACUUGCUGUGUACGGAGAACGAUGGCCUUAACGUCGCUGCGCUGCAAUGGGCCAACAUCAAGGAGUACUUGUCUCUGCACCACACGCAGGAGAUGCUCGAGUCGGCGUUGGAGCCUGGAUACCCGCCCGAGUCUGAGGACAGGGCGCUCGCCCUGCACAUCGGGUACCUGAUCAAGGACCCAGCUGAGCUCACGCAAGAGAGCAAGGAUGAGGUGGAGGAGAAACUGUUCAUUCUCAGGCCCUUUGUUUUUGCGAGCCACAAAUUCGAGUGCUUCUAUGCGCCUUGGACCCUCAGGUCGCUGCCCAUCAGAAGGGCGGAGGAGCCCGGUGAGGCGAUGGAGGAGGUGGAGAGAGAGAGGCACGAGGCUGCGGGACAGAGUCGCGCUGGAUCUGUCAGAGGCAGCCCUGCCCAACCGGCCAAUCCCUUCCUCGCAGACCUCGCUCCCAAGGUCCGCACAACUGUCCUCUACCACUGCGGGCAGCGUCUGACCCUGCGCCCUCCCGUCCUGGCCCACGCGGCCUACUUCUCCUUCUUCAACCAAGUAGAGUGCGACCCAGCCGUCGUCGGUCUUCAAGCCAUCCUGGGGCUACUCCACCCAUCCUUGUCGGCUGGCCGAGUGGGAGAAGAAACCACCGUCCUCGAGCAACCGGGUUACAUACCUGGAGGGCCAAUUCACUCCCUCUCCUCCGCAGAGCACGAUCGCGACCUCGCGCGUCUCGUAGCCUGUCACGACCCUUACCGCUCUCCGGGGCUGAAGCCGUGCUUCUUUGCCGGGCAGCUCGAAGGUGCAUGGGAAGGCAGGUUCAGUUUCUUCGACUUUGACUCGUACCGCGAGAUGUUGGCAGGGAGGAUGCAGAGCCUCUACGAGGGUCCCUUCGGUGAGCAGCCCCAGGUUUGGAAGUUGAAGGAACACUUUGUUCGUGUGGGUGAGGGCUCGGGAUACAAGGAAGGGGGCCACGCAGGUGUGAUUAGUGCGGGCUUUGGGGCUGAGGACCCAAUGGAAGAUAGGGCCAGAGAGCUAGACGCUAAAGAGGCUGCAGGCUUGCAGGGAGGCAGUAGUGCUGGACUCAGCGCCAAGGCAAAGGGCAAGGGGAAGCGAUACGGCGACGACUACGACGAGCAGCCUGCGUCCAAAGACGUCGGCCUCUCGACGGACCGCUACGAGAUGCUCAUUAGCGGGAUAGGCCACUCAGCCUGGGGUCGCUUCGUACUUCGCGGCCGUGUGCGCGCUUGGGAUGGUAUGGUCAUCCUUUCCAAGGAGUAUCGACCCGACGGACGAGGACGAUGGCUCUAUCGUGGGUACGCGCUUGCAGGGGCCGCCCUUGUGGGGAGGUGGAGGGACUCUUUUACUCCUCGCGAGAUGUCAGGGUACGAGGGGCCAUUCGUGCUGAGGAAGAGG